CCCAUAGCAACGCCCCCCCAGGGCCUGUGUCCCUGGUGGCCACCGGGUGCUUGGGAUGCUGCAGCACCCAGCGCUGCUGCCACCCAGCCCGACAGCACGGUGGUGAGUGACAGCCCCCAGGCACCCCCUGAGCACCCACCCAGGCAGCAGACGACCCCUGCCCUAAUAGCAGCGACCAAGCAUGGAGCUCGUCGGCUCACCCUUGACGGCAACUCAUGCCCGCCCGAGAUCGACCCCCACCAACUUUCUGCCUGCCAUCAGUACCAUGGCUUCCAGCUACAAGAACCGUUUUCCUUACUACCCCUUGCCUCAGAGCUUCAGCCUUCCCUGGGCACCCAGCGCCUACUAUAGGAUGGCUGCCAUCAAUCCCAUUUUGGCUCCCUUUUCUGGAAGCGCCCAGGGGCUCACCCCCAGCAAGAUGCUGCCGUUCAUUUCCAACAGGACGUCCCUCUUCACCCGGUACACCCCCGACGACUGGUACCGCUCCAACCUCACCAACUACAGGGAGUCGGAGACAUCCCGGCACAACUCGGAGAACCUCAGGGUCGACACCUCCCGCCUGAUUCAGGACAAGUACCAGCAGACAAAGAAAAUGCAAGCGGAGAGCACCAAAAACCUGGGAGAGCGUGUCAAUGACAUUGAAUUUUGGAAGUCAGAGCUCUGCCAUGAGCUAGAUGAGAUGAUCGGGGAGACCAACGCGCUCUCCGACAUGAAGAGGUGGCUGGAAAGAGCCCUGGUGGAGACCGAGGCCCCGCUCCAGGUUGCUCAGGAGUGCUUGCUCCACCGGGAGAAGAGGAUGGGCAUCGACCUGGUGCACGACAACGUGGAGAAAGAGCUCUUCACAGAGAUGGACGUCAUCAGGUCGUGCCAGGAGAGGAUGCAGCGCUUCCUGGACAGGGCGAAAGCCCAGCUCGCGUCCAACAGGGCGGCCCAGCACGAGCUGGAGAGGGACCUGGCCAACAAGCAGACAGCUCACCGCAUCGACGACAAGUGCCACCACCUGAGGAACACCUCCGACGGCAUCAGCUACUACCGCGGGGUGGAGCGGGUCGAUGCCACCAUCUCGGUGCCGGAUUCCUGGGCCAAGUUUACGGACGACAACAUCCUGCGCUCCCAGAGCGAGCGGGCGGCCUCUGCCAAGCUGCGGGACGAGAUCGAGAACCUGCUGGUGGUGACCGCCAACGAGAUGUGGAACCAGUUCAACAGCGUGAACGUCGCCUUCACCAACCGCAUCGCUGAGACAGCCGACGCCAAGAGCAAGAUUCAGACCCACCUGGCCAAGACGCUGCAGGAAAUCUUCCAGAUCGAGAUGAGCAUCGAAGCCAUCCGAAAAGCCAUUAGGGACAAAGUGCCUCCGCUAAAAGUCGCUCAGACCCGGCUGGACGAGCGCACGCGGAGACCCAACGUGGAGCUGUGCCGGGACAGCGCCCAGCUGCGCCUUGUCAAUGAGGUCCACGAACUCGAUGAGACUAUCCAGAGCCUGCAGCAGCGCCUGAGGGAUGCCGAGGACACGCUGCAGAUUUUGGUCCGGGCCAAGGCAGUCCUGGAGCACGACCUGGCUGUCAAAGCCAACUCUCUCUUCAUUGACCAGGAGAAGUGCAUGGGGAUGCGCAAGAGCUUCCCCUGCACGGCGCGGCUGGUGGGGUACGUCUAGGCUGGGCUCAGCCCUGCUUCCCCUGCCUGGUGUGGGAUGUCUUUUCAGUUCUGCUAGAAUGCCUUGAAAAUCCACGGUCAGACUUCCUGAUGGAAGCCCUGAGUAGGAAUUAAAUGCUCAGUUUGUGUGUUA